AUGCGCUAUCACAGAUGUUGGCGAUUAUCGUCCAUUAUGCUAGCCGUUACUACCAUUAUAUUCCUUGUCUCAAGCAUAAUUUUAGCGGUAUUACUUGGGAUUCAAAAAAACAAACAGACAGAAGUACCUACCACUGAGCACCGAUUAAAAUGGCCUAAGCCUAGUCCAAGUUCAUAUUCCCGUUAUAAACGAGCAGCAGUUGCAUCCGAUAAUGGAUUUUGUUCUGAAAUUGGAAGAGAUAUAUUAAUGCUUGGGGGGAAUGCUGUUGAUGCCACAGUGGCGUCAUUGAUAUGUAUUGGUGUUGUGAAUCCUCAGAGUUCGGGCCUAGGAGGUGGAUUCAUCAUGACCAUUUAUAACAACACAUCACAUCGAUGCUUAACUAUUAACGCACGUGAAACUGCGCCAGCCACUGCCAACGAAACAAUGUUUGACGAUUCACCUCAAGAUGCUGCUAUUGAUAUUUUAUCAAAGUUGAUAAAAAUAUCAGGUUUUCGAUCUAUUGCAACGCCUUCUGAAUUACAUGGCCUUUGGACAGUAUUUUCACGUUUUGGAAGUGGAAAAGUAUCUUGGAAUCGCCUUUUCCAACCAUCUAUUGAAUUAGCUUUGAAAGGAUUUCCAAUUACAGCUUCUCUUGCCCAGGAUCUCAAAAAAUUAGAGAAGACGAUUCUUGAAGAGCCAAGUUUGAAGAAAGUAUUUGUAAAUUCGGAAACAGGAAAAAUUUAUGAAGAAGGUGAUAUUAUCACAAGAGAUCAUUUAGGUGCAACAUUACAAUUUAUUGCAAAUAGCACUGAUCCUAUUGAACUAUUUUAUCGCGGUGGAGUUGCUCAAACGAUAGCUUCAGAAUUUGACGAGCAUGGCGGUUUUGUAUCUGCGGAUGAUUUGAGUAAUUAUCGAACAGUAAUUAAUGAGGAGCCAUUAAUAACUGAAGAAUUCAUAGAAGAUUUAGUUAUCUGUGGGCCUCCACCACCAAGUUCAUCAGCUGUAACUCAAAGUAUUAUAGCAGUUAUGGCUGAAUUCUAUCGCGAUAUUAGUGGUACGGUUUUCGAUCGAGAUGAUCCGUUGAUCUAUCAUCGUUUUAUCGAAGCUCAGAAAUUUGGAUAUGCUCAAAGAAUGAAACUUGGCGACACAGACUUUGUUCCAGAAGCUUUGCAGCUAGCGUUAAAUUUGACAAAAAACUCUUAUGCAAAACAAAUCAAAUCUCUGAUCACAGAUAAAGCUCAGCCGUUAGAUAAAUAUAUUACUGAGAUUGUUCAACAACUUGAUGAUCACGGGACUUCACAUAUAUCAGCUAUUGAUCAGGAAGGUAACGCAGUAUCAUGCACCAGUACGAUUAACCGAAUAUUUGGUGCAAAGCGUAUUUCACCUACUCUUGGCAUUGUUUGGAACAACGAGAUGGACGAUUUUUCACUUCCAGGAAGGUCCAACUCAUUCGGAUAUGCACCUUCGCCAGCAAAUUACAUCAAGCCUGGGAAAAGGCCGUUGAGUAGCAUGUCACCGUUAAUUAUUUACAACAAACAUACCAAAAAGGUAAAAAUGGUUGUUGGUGCUUCGGGUGGUUCUUAUAUAAUUUCUACCGUUGCACAAGCUGUUAUUCAUACUUUGCUUUUCAAUAAAACAGUAAAAGAAGCUGUUGAUGAACCACGUUUCCAUAAUCAGUUUCUACCUCCUGAAACGCUUUACGAAACGACAAUACCUCAGGAAAUCAUUGAGAAUUUGGUCAAUGUUCGAGAACAAAACGUGACGGCAACAGAAAAAGUGCAGAGUGUUAUUCAAGCACUUGUAAUUAGCAAUGAUGGUUACAUCUAUGGAAAUUCUGAUUUUCGACGAGAAACAGCAAGUCACCCUGCAGGAUUCUGA